UUAUCAUAAUAAUAUAACGGUAAAAAUAUUCAUUAAAAUUUUUAAAUUUUACUAUUUCGUUUGUUAGUUCCAAUUUUCCCCAAUAAUUACUCGGUACAAAACAACUCGAACCUAUCCAGCUUCCGAAAAAACUUAAAGUUAUGAAUAAAUUCCGCGAAAAACUACUUAAAAAUUUGGAAAAGGCAGCAGAACAUCCAAUACGAGCGGAGCACCCUGCAAAAACCGAUGAUGAGAUCGAGGAUUUGCUGUUUCAGAAGUACAGGGAUGAGCUGAAUUCCUCAGCCUCCCGGAUUAAGACUUGUAUCGAAAAGUCCAAACGUUCUAGCUCGUACCGAUUCAUCCCGCAGUUUCAUUUCGAGCUGCCGAAAAACUCCGAAGGGCUAGCUCAGAAACUUCGCGAGGAAGCACGUACCUUGUUCUUGCAGAAGCGUAGCAAGGAACUGCUGGAUAACAACGAACUCAAACUGCUAUGGAGUCUGCUGGAAAAGCACCACUCACCUCCGUUGAUGGGCGAAGAGCAGUACAUCAACUACGAAAAUUACUGCAAAGUGGCGUCGAUAGCAGGAGAUAAAUUUAAGCGCUACCUCACGGCGUCCACCUUUGCUCGGCUGGUAGUUUUCAGUAGCUACCCGGGAAAAAUUAGCGUUAUGUCUCUGUUCAAUUACGCCAUGAGGAAAGUCUGGUUGCAACAAACACGUAUCGGCUUAUCUUUGUACGACUACACCGGCCAAGGGUACCUCAGCGAGUCGGAUUUGGAGUCUUACAUUCUGGAAUUGAUUCCCACAUUCCCCCAGCUGGAAGGUCUGGAAAAAUCUUUCCACAGUUUCUACGUUUGUACCACAGUAAGAAAGUUUUUCUUUUUCCUGGAUCCCUUGAGAACUGGACGAAUUCGUAUCCGAGAUAUUCUGACCUGCAGCUUUUUGGAUGAUUUACUGGAGCUACGCGACGAAGAGAUUCCUAAAGACGCUCAGGAAAUGAACUGGUUCUCGGCUCCUUCAGCUCUAAGCGUCUACGGCCACUAUCUCAAUCUUGACAAGGAUCACAACGGAAUGCUGAGCAAAAAAGAACUCAUUGGUUACGGUUCAGGAACAUUGACUCCCAUUUUCUUAGAUCGAGUUUUUGCUGAAUGUCUAACCUAUGACGGCGAAAUGGACUACAAAACUUAUCUGGAUUUUGUACUUGCCCUGGAAAAUCGCUCGGAACCUCAGAGUUUACACUACUUGUUCCGCAUUCUAGAUGUCGAACACAAAGGUUACCUGACGGCUUUCACCCUCAACUACUUCUUUAAGGGGAUUCAGGAUGAGAUCUCAGCUCAUCGAGCGGAACCAGUAAAUUUCGCCGAUGUGAAGGAUGAAAUCUUUGAUAUGGUUAAUCCGGCCGAUCCCAGCAAAAUAACGUUGAAGGAUUUAAUCAACAGUGGGCACGGUGAAACGGUGGUAUCGAUACUGGUCGAGUUCCAUAAGUUCUGGGCUUAUGAAAAUCGGGAAACCAUGGUCACGGAUUCGACUGCCAACGAAGAAACGACUCACAAUUUAUGAUAUUCGGUAUCGGACCGAAUGGAGAAUGAUAAUGAAGUUAUAACGGUAUUUUAAUCACGAUUGGAAAACUUUUAUCAUUUGAGUGCCUUGAUUACAGUAUUAUGGUGUUAUUAGGAUUAAUAAUCAGGUCAGAACUAUCAUAAGAAAAAAGCAUAGGUUCAAUGAUCUCCUACAAAUGUUUUCUGCAUGUUGAAUAAUUGAGAACUGCAUACAAUUUUUUAUACAUUCCGUCGACUUUUUCAAAUAUAGAUGUAAGAAUUCUGAUUUAAUAAGUGAUGUUUUAAGUAUGUAAUAACCAAACACAAACAUUUCACAUUCACAAAAAGGAACAAUCUGAUAUACCGUACACAUAGGACAUUUAAAAUUUCUUAACUGCAAUUCGUGUACACUGAUUAGGAUCUGAAAUAAAAGUAU